CCCGUAACAAACAAGUCCGCCACAUACUAGCGAGACACCCGCGGAGAACUGUCGUCUGCUUCAAUACCGCGAGAUAUCGGAUGCUGUGUGCGUUCUGUGAAUUGUGUGAACCUGAGGUAGAAUUUUGUGGAUGUUACGAGUGUAGUUUGUUCUGUGGAGUGUACAUUGCGUGAUCAAUGUUGCAAGAGAUGCCGGCUGAGAUCAACAUGAACAACCAAAACAGUCAGAAAACCGAAACCAACACGAGCCGUUCGGCUAGGGUUACGGCUACCGUUAAAGUGGAACCGGUCAGCGUCGGAGAAGGGCUUAAAUUGAACCCCUACUAUUUCAAGACUACGCCGGGAAUUAUAAAGCUGGUGCAAGUGUUGUUUGGAAUGAUCUGCCUGGGCUGUGGUUCUCCAGCGCUGAUUGGUUACGCCCGCUUCUUCCUCUUCGUCGCUGCCAUCUGUUACAUCAUCACUGUCCUUCUGUGCGUCAUCUACAUUCUGGGCAUCAACACGGCAUUAUCAUCGCUACCCUGGCUGUCUGGGGAGCUCGUUUACACAGUGCUGGGCGCUCUACUCUACCUCAUUGCUGCCAUUACUGAACUAGUGAUGACAACGAGCUACGACUGGCACACCAUGUUUAUUGGGCUCAGGGAUCAGUACAUCGCCGCCGGAGUGUUCGGGAUCUUCCAGAUGAUGGCCUAUGGUGCUGGUGCCUUCUUUCUGUUUAUGGAAUGGAAGGCCACGAGGCCACCACCGUCCACACAGCCAAGCGCCAACUGAGAGAGCAGCAGCACAAACAUCUUUGUACACACAGUUGUCGUUCCUUAAAAGAUCCACGCAAACGAGCAGGCAGGACAGCACGAUGUUUUACGUAAUACGAUAACUGCAGGUGCCCAGAACUGAGCGGUUCAAAUAGAAACAGAAAAGAAAUAACAUAUUAUAGGCCCUUGAAAUAAACGUACUCGCAAACGUUGACUUGUGCAUGGGGUGCUAAGAUGGAGUAACUGGCAUCCUUGUCUAAAUAUUAGCAGAUAGAGAGAAAACAAUCUCCCCCGAGUAUGCAGGAGAACUACUGUUUAUAUCCGAAAUAUUGGUGGCUUCCAUUCUGAAGCGUUAGCUAAAAAAAGAACAAGAAAACGGUGAAGAUCGAGAAGGCGAACUAGAUGAGGCAGUACUGAAGAAUACGCCUGAAUGCCUCAAAUCAAACUUCUUUUUUCCUUUUCUCUCACUUUCGAUUCCAUAGUUAUACGAUUAACAAAUAUAUUAGGCUCUCGCAAUUAGCCGCAGAAGUGAAUGAUUUAUAGCUCUGAACGCUCGAUGUUGUACAGUGGAUAUAAAUCACUUAGAUGUGUUCAACCAUCGUGAGCAUUGUGCAAAUGCAGUCCGAUUAGACUGAUCAAUUAAACGAUUAAAUAAUAAAAUCAUAUCGAACAAAAUUACUUUUCGCAGAAAACACGAAGCUGUCGCAACAGACAAUGUCACUUUGUAACUAUAUGCAAUGUCAUACGAAGUCGUACUCUUUAAAGAACACCUUGUGUGCAAGUCGUAGACAAAAGGGAGAGACCACAAUAUUAUUUGUCUCGCAACUUCCAUUGUUAUCGCACGUGAUGGGUACCUGGAGUUUGUCUCAGAGACAGGGGUCUCGAAACAGGGGAGGUGCACGCUGGUUUGCAUAAGACUCCUGGAGGGCAUUGACUCCCUCUUUCAACCUCAACCAACAUCAAUCUACAGUUUUAUACUGAAGAAUUUCCGGUUGAUGUAUGCGACGUAACUUCGAUGCGCCCCCAGCCAACUCCACCUAGUCAGAGAAAGCCUGCGCAUUGCCUCCUCUUCCUCUUUCAAAUAAGAGUCAGAAUUCACCUGCUACUGCGAUUCAUCGUUCUGCGAAUUCAAGAACCCGCAAAUGAUUGCAGCUUACCUGGAACCUGCAGACGUAAUAUUUAGACAAAAAAUGCAAGACGCUUUCCAGAAAAUCAGUUUUCAGAAAGAUUUGGACCGUUUUGCGCUUUAUAUCCAAGUUUUCUUUAUUCCCAUUUAGUACGCGUGGACGUUCAAUCACAACUCGCAGACGACGGUGAUUCGUCUGCAUGGCCACGACAGCUGAAAGCACAUCCGUGAUUGGCUACGGCCGUUGAAAACACGAUCCUCAUUGGCUGAUUCUUAAUUGUUAUGUCACGUCGACGAGCAAGCAGGCUUUCUCUAUCUAGGUGGUGUUCGCCAACCCCUCUUUUCAUCGCUAUAGAAAAUGUUACGCUUGCGCGCACAGUUAUUGUACCUCUUCACAAACACCUAUUUAUGCUCGUUUCCAGGACAUAGUAUAACAAUGAGUACUCUUCAAAUGCUAUUAAAAGGCAGCUGUAAGGAACGCUAAAUGAUUUCGGUGAAACUAACAUACUAGGUCAAAUAUGCUCUGCUGGACAGCAUCAGGAUUGUAAAUAUAGAUAUAUAUGGUCAGAGAACAAGAGUUUAUUGCAUUUAGAAAUGUUGAUUUCGUUUUGUAUAUAGAAACUUAUGGUAGACACAUCAAUAAUCAUCUCUCGAAGCGCAAAUUUCGUUUUCAAGUCGGAGAGUAUCUGGCACGGUGAUGCCAGCUUCUCUCCUUAAGUGUAUCGUUCUAGAAAUUAAAAAUGUUUACGCUAUC